GUAAUCACGCUGGUUAGCUUUUUCUCCUCCUGAUAGAAAGAUAAUCAUCCACGCGUGAAAACUGAAACCUCUCCUCUGCUCCAUUACCCAAGAAGAAGAAACACACCCUUCCUCUUCUUCUUCUUCUUCGGCCUUCCCGCUUCUCACUUCCCCUGUUCCCCAACUUCACGUUCGUCUCUGCCGUUUCGACUGCUUCCCAUCCGGCCGCCAUGUCUAUGGUGGAGGUUAGAGUUCCCAACCUCGACUGCGAAGGCUGCGCUUCCAAGCUCAGGAAAGCUCUGCUCAAGCUCAAAGGCGUAGAGGAAGUAGAAGUGGAAAUGGAGAAUCAGAAGGUGACGGUGAGAGGAUAUUCGUUGGAGGAGAAGAAGGUUCUGAAGGCAAUCAAACGCGCCGGCAAAGCAGCGGAACCUUGGCCGUUCCCGGGAUACGCGCACUUCUCGUCGUUCUACAAGUACCCGACCUACAUCGUCAACCAUUACUACGACCCUUACAAGAACGUCGGCAGCAACAGCAGCGUCCACACUUUCUUCCAGACUCCGGCGGUCUACUCCGUCGCGGUAGCCUCCGACGAGGCCGUCGCCUCGCUCUUCAGCGACGACAAUCCCCAUGCCUGCUCCAUCAUGUGACACGCUGAAAAGCUUUGCCAGAAAUUCCUUUCUUGUUUCCCCUCCAUCUCUAUUCGUUGUAACCGUUACGAUUUUUGUAUCGUAUCAUUCGUUUGUCUCAAUGUUGGUGCGAUUCCGGUAUUCGGACCUAAUUAUUUUAUGUUUGUUAUUGAAAAAAAUUGUUUUUGUGGCAGGAGCAGAGAAGUUAAAGAUUGAAUGAACUAUGUGAUAUCAA